AUGGUGCUGGAGAAAGUGCUUUUUCUAGUGUGCAUUGUAUCUUUGCUAUCUAGUCAUGCUCUUUCUUCUCCUGUGCCAGACGAUCCCUUAUUUAAGUACAUUGAUGAUCAUAAACAUGAAUAUAUUCAGCGAUUGAAGGAAAUGGUGGCAAUAGAAAGCGAUUCCAGUGAUCCAUCAAAAAGAGAUCAGGUUUUACAAAUAAUGCAAGUGACAAAGGAUUACAUCUUGCAGAUAGGUGGAAAAGUAGAGAUGGCAGAGCUUGGUGAGCAAGAGUUUUCGCCAGGUGUAAAACUCCCUCUACCACCAGUGAUUCUUGCAGAGUUUGGAAAUGACACAAACAAACCAACUGUCUGUUUCUAUGGGCAUAUGGAUGUACAGCCUGCAAAGAAAGUUGAUGGAUGGAAGACAGAUCCAUACAUCCUCACAGAGGAAGAUGGUAAUCUGUAUGGCAGAGGAACUUCUGAUGACAAAGGACAAGUUCUGGCUUUGCUUCAUGCUGUGGAAUCUGUUAAGGAAUUUGGUCUGCCGGUCAAUGUGAAGCUGUUCAUUGAAGGGAUGGAGGAAGUAGGGUCAAAUGGUCUUGAGCAACUUGUCAAAAAGAAAAAGGACACUUUUUUCUCUAAUGUUGACUACAUUGUGGUAACUGACACACCAUGGCUAAGCACAAAACCAGGCAUCACCUAUGGAGCUCGAGGAAACUGCUACUUUUUCUUAGAGGUUGAAGGUGCAAGGCGGGAUCUUCACUCUGGAGGUUUUGGAGGAACGGUUUAUGAACCAAUGAGUGAUUUAAUUUAUUUACUAGGUACGCUUGCGGAUGUGGAAGGCAAAAUUCUGAUUCCAGGCAUUUAUGAUGAUGUUUUGCCUGUUACUGAAGAAGAAAAAGAAUUAUACAAAGAUCUUGUAUUCGACUUGAAAGAUCUGAAGAGGGACACAGGAGUCGAGACAUUUUUACAUAGCACAAAGGAAGAGUUACUCAUGUACAGAUGGCGAUUUCCUUCUUUGUCAAUCCAUGGCAUUGAAGGAGCUUUUUCUGGUUCUGGAACUAAAACAGUUAUACCUGCGAAGGUCAUAGGAAAGUUUUCAAUUCGUCAAGUUCCUAAAAUGAAUCCAUCUGUUGUAGAGAAGCAGGUAUCUGACUACCUGGAAAAUAAAUUUGAAGAACGGAAGAGCCCGAACAAAAUUAAAGUAUCCAUGGUCAUAGGUGCACAACCGUGGUUAGCAAAUAUGGGUGAACCCCAAUUCCUGGCUGCUCGGAAAGCAGUCAAAAGAGGUGUUUCACAGUGUCUGGUGUGGAUUAUGGGGCACUCUUACGUGUUCUGGGGAGCAUUACGAACAGACCCGAUGGAAGGCAGUUGGGUUUUUCGAGAGAGGUGGUGUUGA